UAAGCAACAGACACAAAAACGAGAAAAGUGACACCGGCGUGGAAUUUUUUUUAAACAACGUGUUUUAAUUUUAGUUUACGUUUUUUUUUAAAUGUAGUUGCACUUGUUCUUUCACGUUAUAUUUAUAGACACUCGAUCGUAUAUUCGAACAUUCACUUUGAAAGUUAUUUAGCUGUGACGUAACAAUCGGCAUAAAUAUAGUUUUUGUUGAAAUUUCAUUAACGAACGACGAUUUGAAUUUUUUGUUUUGAAGAAAUGGAUUCCCGCCAAAAUGGAAUUACGGAAAAGGUUGAAACUCCGACGACUCCGCAGCAUGAAGAACAUGCCUUAUUGAAUAAAGAAAAGCCUGUUGAUCAAAAUUUAGAGAAAAAAGUCUCAAAAGUACCUGAAGAUGACGUCGAACACGGUCAUGGAAUAGCGCCGGAUCAUUCAACGAACUACAUGGAAACGAUGAUGCAUCUGUUCAAAGGUAACAUCGGUUCGGGUGUUUUUGCGAUGGGAGAUGCUUUCAAAAAUGCUGGCAUCUUAACAGGACUUUUGACAACUGUCAUUCUUGGUUUUAUUUGUCUCCAUAGUCAAAGAUUGCUGAUGAAAUGUUCACGAAAGAUGCAAGAGAAAUUCGGUUUCGAAAAGACUCCAGAUUACGCUCAUACUGUUGAACUAUGUUUCGCUAAUGGGCAUCCUCGAGUUCAAAAGUAUACAAACAUGAUGCGGAACUCUGUUGAUGUUUUCAUUAUUCUCACACAACUUGGAUUCUGCUGCAUUUAUUUCGUCUUUAUCAGUUCAAAUUUGAAGCAAGUUAUCGACGGUUAUGGUUUCGUCAUUUCCAAACAACUCUACAUGGUUAUUAUACUUGGUCCGAUUAUCCUUACCUGUCUCAUUAGAAACCUGAAAUAUCUUGUACCUUUUUCGACAAUUGCUACUUUUUGCAUGGCAACGGGAAUUAUGAUGACAGCAUGGUAUGCGUGUCAAGAUCUUCCGUCAUUAUCGGAAAGGAAAAAUUUUUCAACAUUGUCGCAACUUCCGAUCUAUUUUGGAACUGCAAUCUUUUGUUUUGAAGGAAUUGCGCUUGUUUUGCCAUUGCAGAAUGCGAUGAAAGAUCCUCGAGACUUUACGAAACCUUUGGGAGUUCAUAUCGUUGGAACAAUUUUGAUUAUUGCUAUUUUUACGGGAUUUGGAUUUAUUGGAUAUUUGAGUUAUGGGGAAAAUGUUGCUGGAAGUAUGACGCUUAAUUUGCCUGAAGAUGAAAUUCUCUCUCAAGUAGUCAAACUCACAAUAUCAUUCGGCGUCCUCUUGGGAUAUGCCUUACAAUUCUACAUCCCAAUCGAUAUUAUGUGGCCAUUGUUGGUAAAAAAAUACAACAUUACAGAAAAUCUUGUCACAAAAGAGUAUCUUUUCCGUGUUUUCAUGGUUUUUGUUACCUUUGCUGUUGCUGAAGCAGUACCUCAAAUUGCCUUAUUAAUAUCGUUCAUCGGUGCCUUUUGCUCAUCUGCCUUAGCCCUGAUCUUUCCGCCAUUGAUAGAUCUCGUCUUGGAAUUCGUCAAUAAGAAAUCCCCAUCAAAACUGAUGAUCAUUAAGAACUUGUUCAUAGUUUUCGUUGGAUUUGUUGGCUUCGUUACAGGAACUUAUGAAAGUCUAACCUCAAUAAUCAAAACAUUCUUCGAAUAGAAAAUUUUUAAAGAAAUUAAGUGAUUUUUUAUUGUUUAAUUUUACUUAGUGAAUAAAAAAAAGUGUU